UUGGCCUGCAGAUCACAGGAUGACAAGCAUCACGCUUAGCAUGAAACUCUUCUAAAAUGUUGCUUUAAGAUGAAAAGGCAGAUAUGGUUCUUUGGUCAGCAGCUGGUGGCGUGGGCACAGGUCUGGAGACCUGCCAGCCUCCAGGCAGGCUAGAGGGCAGGUGUGGGCAGUUCAUUUUGUCCCUGGAGUCUGGGAAGACAGUGGGUGAGCAGAGAGUCCUGACUAUCCUGAGAGGAGAACAUUCAGCCCAAGUUCCAGCCCCACUAUGCACAGAUCAGAGCCAUUUCUAAAAAUGUCGCUGCUGAUUCUGCUUUUCCUGGGAUUGGCAGAAGCCUGUAUUCCUCGUGAAGUUGCAACUAAAGAAAAAAUCAACUUGCUGAAAGGGAUCGUAGGUCUGAUGAGCAGACUGUCACCAGAUGGUCUCAGACACAACCUAACUUCCCUCAAGAUGCCUCCCCUGGCGUCCCCACAAGAUAGGACAGAAGAAGAAAACAAGAAAGUAUUGAGUUUGCUGAGCCUCCAAGUACUGCAUGAAGAAACGAGUGACUGUAAGGAGGAAGUUAAGCCUCUCUCAGCCACCACCCCAUCCAGGAAACCACCCCCCAAGAGGAGGAACACAUGGAACUUCCUGAAAUGCGCCUACAUGGUGAUAACCUACCUCUUCGUGACCUACAACAAAGGGGACUGGUGUUACUGCCACUAUUGUAACUUGGAACUGGACAUCAGGCCUUUGCUGUGUUACGUCACUCUGAAGGACUUUGCUGUCUUACAUUUUAUUCUGAAGACCUUUGCGGUCUUACGUUUUACUCUGAAGGCCUUUGCUGUCUUAUAG